AUGUCCCUUGAUGAUGAAGAACCAUUGGUGCUUCCUGACAGCCCUCAAUACACAGUGAUCGACUCGAACGAAACAAGCUUGCUAGGUCGCUUGCUGAACCCUGACUGCCAAUCAAUUUAUCGCAUGAUUGAAUAUAUGCCGACGGCAUGGCGUGUGGUUGGGAGAGUCAAGGGCAUUGCUCUUUCCCGUGACCGGUGGAACUCUUCUCCUCCUGAUGAUUUUCUCUCGACGUUGGAGAUUUGGAUCCGCAUCAGGAACAUUCCAGUCAACAAUUUCACUUCCCAGACGAUGCACACGCUUGCGUCGGAGAUUGGUCACGUCGAAGAGAUUGCUUAUGAUCCUAAGGUUUCUCAUACCAAGGAAUACAUAAGAGCCAAGGUCACUUUCAAGGUGGACAGUCCAGCAAAGGCGACAAGGAAGCUGUCCAUCAAGAAUGGGGGCACAGUUACGAUUGAGUGUGACUAUGAAAAAAUCCAUAAAAGAUGUUUCCAUUGUCUUCGGCUUACUCACGAAAAAGUCAGGUGCCCACUCCUUAGGAACCCGGCCAAAUUGCAACAAGCGUCUGAUCAAGGCAGAGCUCAGAAACAGAGUUCUCAAAGUCUGGUGUUAGCUAAGACUAAGGGUUGA